AUGCAUCCCUUACACCAUGCCGCCACGAUGCAGUACGGACAGCCACAGCCGCAGCGGCAGACCUAUAUCCACUCUGUGGGAUACCAGACAUUGAAUGGCCAGGCCUAUGCGGCGCCACAAGCGUCGCAAGCCCAAGCACCCCAGGUUCAGGGACAGGCUCAAUUUACCUUCUAUGCAGCCAAUGGUGUUGCAGCACCUGCAUUUGGUGCAGGCUCAGCUGCACAUAUCCUGCCUCCUUCCGGGCCUCCGGGCAGGUUGAUGCAGAUGCCCAUGAUGGCAACUCCACAUCCCCUACCCCCUGAGCACAGCAUCACCUUGGCAUCGAACAUCGCGGCGCCCCAUCCUGCGGGACCCCCGGACCCGGCCGAGGACGCCGAGUCCUCCAGUGAGUAUGAGUCUGACUCGGACGCUGAGCCCGGCCAAUCAGCUCAGCCGCCACAGACCAGUGGCUCGCAAGGUGUUGCACAGACUACAGAUGAGAGUCAUUGUUCAGGUGGAACGGACUUUGCCCCCUCACCGGAAAAUGCAGGCGCAGGCGAAGUCAGUGUCUCUGAGCAAGAACUGGCGCCUGCGAGUGUGGUGGGCCCGCCCUCGAUGACCAUCACCAGUGCGCCGUCACUGCACUCGGAUGCAGAGCUGACCAAGGAGUCCUUCAAUGUCAACUACCAGACACACGAUGUGCGCGAAUUGAAGAAGGAGGAGGACCAAAACUACCAGACCAAGAUCGACCCAAAGAUCAAUGAGGCCCUCAUCUUGCCCACGCGGUCGAGGAAGGUAGUGGCCACUGAUGAGCACUUGGAUCAGCUGCUCUUCCCUCGAGGCUAUCACGUGGACAGGGAGCUCCCCCCUAAGCGGAAGGGGCUCCCAGCGGGCGCCCUGGGGAAAGGUGCUUUUGGUGUUGUUUACAAAGGGCGCAAGCGCGAUGGGAAGGAUGUGGCUCUGAAGGUCUCAGAGAAUGCUUCAGCGACACAACCGAUGCUGGAGCAGGAGAUCAACAUCCUCAAGAUGUUGGAUCAUCCGAGCAUCGUUCAAUUCUAUGAUGCCUUUGUCGACAAGGACAGCGACUGGAUGAUCAUUGCUAUGGAGCUGGUCACAGGAGGUGAUCUCUUGAGCUCCCUCACUGGGGAACCUCACGUCUAUGAGGAAGGCUUGGUUCGCCCAAUGGUUUUCCACAUCUCUUGCGCCUUGGCCCAUGCGCAUGAGAUGGGGGUGGUGCACCGGGAUUUGAAGCCGGAAAACAUCCUUUUGCGCCAAGGAGACCGAUUUCCCAAGGUGGCUGACUUCGGUUUAUCCCGAUCUUUGAGGGCAUCGGAGGUUGCCAUGACGGUGGCCGGCACUCCAACGUACAUGGCGCCUGAAAUCCAGGAUCCACGUCUUCCAUAUGACUUUCCUGCAGAUGUCUACUCAUUGGGGUGUAUCCUCACUGACAUGAUGGACAAGGAGUUCUGUUGCAGCUGGUAUGCUAAGGCGAUGCCGGGGAACCACGAGAAGAUGCGAAAGCGUUGGCCCGACGGAUCCACGCCGCAUCGCUUCAGCCGAGAACUGAAAGAAUUGCAAGGCCGAAUGCUUGGUCAAGCACCGGGGCUCCGGGCGAGCUGUUUCCAGAUCUGCAAAGACCUGCUCUGCCUGGCAGAUGAACAGGUCUUGCCCAAUGUGUUGUGGCAGGAGCGGCCAAAGUUGCCGUCGGGGCCACCACAACAGAAGAUGCUUAGCCCAGAGAUGGCUGCAGACAUUGCAGGUCGUCGUGGCUAUGGUGUAGGGGUCCGGGUGUUGGUCUUGGUGAACGGCCAGUGGCUCCAUGGCAAGGUGGAGCGGGUCUCUUCGACUGUAUGUCCAGGCGCUGUGCAGGUGCAUUUCAAGUGCGACGGUGAGGAACAGGCAACACUUAUCUGCCCAUGGCAGUUCCAAGAGAUGUUGAGACCUGCGCCAGCUGCGGUGGUGCCAGAUGGAAGAAUAGGCACCAUGGUCUUUCCAGAGGCGGAUGAAAGUGGCAAGUCCAGGAAGAAAGAGGCGGCAUCGGGAAGCCCAAGCAAGAGGUCCGGCGGCCUCAAAGAGGCACCGCUGGCCAAGAUGAAAUGCCAGCCAACCAACUGCCGACAACAGUGA